AUGGUUUCUUCUUCCGACACAGGAGUAUCAGAUACAGUGGACCCCAUGGCGGUUGUGUCAGAUGAUGAGAUACCAUCUGAGGGAGAUGUUUACACGUCAGAUACCACGAGCACGGAUGACGAUGAUUUUCAGCCUUUCGCUCUGCCAGACAUCGGAGUUGAGGUUCAGCCUGCUAAUGGCAUUCUAGCUGGGGAUCUCCCGCUUGCUGUGAUCCCUGUUCCCAUUCCAUUUGCUGCUUUUCCCGUGGCGGAUGUGCCACUUGAUGUCGUGUCUGAUGACGACAUUGAUCUUUUCGAGGAGGGUCCCCCUGAGGACGACUAUGAGGGUGGGGCCCCGAUUGAUGUUGAUGCUAUCCUUCCUAUUGCUGAGGCCCCUGUAGAGGAGGCUCUUCUUGAUUCACCCGUUCCAGACUCGUUGGAGUCUGUGGCAUCCGCUUCUUUGCACGACCAGGGUGUGCAACAUCACUCUCCUGACGCUGACCCCGACGUAGCGAUGUCAGCUGCACCUGGUCCGUCACACGAGUUUGAGUUUGACCAUGAGAUCGAUGACAAUUUUGAUCCAGUUUUUCCUCCUGAUUUCGAUCCUGAUCAUGAGAUCGAGUUUAUUCAUAUGCACCAGCCCUUAGAGGCGCCAAUGGCUCCUAUCGAUCCGUUGUUUGACAUUCCUGCCGACUUUGAUAUGGACCUUGUUGACCCUGAGCCUGUUAUGGCCCCAGAGCCUGUUGUUGCUCCUGAUCCUGCACCAGAGCCCGACCCUGUUCUUGAUGAUGCACCAGCCCUUGCACCACCCGUUGUUGACCUUCCCAUUGUUGCACCACCAGUGGUGGAUGAUCCUAUUGCUGAUGCACCUUUACCUGAUCCCGUGCCUGUAUUAGUUGACCGUGCACCUUUUGCUGCUCACAUCGAUCCUUGUUAUGUUGACACCCGUAACGGAUGGAUCGAGGAUGAUGACGACUACCCACCGUUUGUGCUACCUGUCACUCCUCCCGUUGCACCUGUUUCUUCACCUAUUGAGAUUCCAUUGUUUCCCCCACACACCUCUGACGCCCAUCGCACUGAUCUUCCUAUUACGUUCCCCCAGGACAUUCCGCCACCUCGUCUUGGGGAGGGUUCAUCGAGGCAGCCACCUGUUUCUAUUCUACCUGUAUCGGCAUCUAUUUCUUUCAUGUACCAGUUCCCACAUACUGCACCAUCUUUCGUACCUUCGAGCGAGCCAUUUCUGUGGGCUUCGCCCAAUGUCAUGCCAUUAUCGGACCCGUACCACCCGUUUCACGUGGGGUACACGACAGAGGAUAUACUCAUCUCUCUUCAGCUACAACAGGACGCGCUUAGUCGUCGCAUUCAGGAGUUAGAGAGGACACCACGUCCUCCAUGUCACUGUCAGACCCCUUUCGCCGCACCACACACUCCCCGUCCGCUUUCCCUUGAUUCGGAUGUUCGUUUCCUUACAUUUGAGCAGCAGAUUGCCUAUUUGCUGCAUGUCUGUCGUGCACUUGAGGAGGACUGGAUGCACAUGCGCCGCUUGCUUUUCUCUCAUUUUCCUCCUCCUCCUCCUCCUCCUCCGCCAUCAGCAUAG